AUGGUUUCUCAGCCAGAUCACCCCUCACCACCUGCCUCCAGCUCCAGUACCGCUCUAGAUCUCAGCACCUCUUCUUCGCGCCGCUCUCACCACCACGACCACCACGACCACCAUGACCAACACCAACACCACCACCAACUCAAGUACUCGGCCACCGUCGCCUCACGGCCGUCUCUAUCUCGCAGCAGACGCUACAACCGCUCUCACCUCGGCGGCUCGUCUUGCAUCCCCCAAAAUGAAUUCCCAGUAUUUGCGCACAGCGGCGACGUCCAGGUCGUCAUCCGCGUCGGCGCCGGCGCGCAUGCCGCGGAGAACAGGUACCUCCUGCACCGACACACCCUGACGCGCUGCAGCGGCUUUUUCGAGGCCAGCACCUCGUCGGAAUGGUCCAGGGCCCGGCCGUGUCUGCCGGGGCCCAACGAGCCCACGCUCGUAGGAGACGGGGCAUCCUCUCCGCUCGACGGUCCCGACCACGAGAGGAGGCUGGCCGUUGGUGGUGGCGGCGCUGGUGCUGGUGCUGGUGGCCUGAAUGGCUCCCAAACGUCUAUCCCCGCUGGCAAGAGAUGGAAGUACGAGCUGGACUCGGGCGCAGGCGACGGCGACAUACCAAUGUUGGUCCAAAAGGACGACGCAGACACAGUCACCACGCCAGGCUCGGAACCACCGUUCCCAUCUCUGUUCGGUGCUGGCUGUCAUCAUGCCUCAGACGCCAAAUCCUCCGGGUCGCGGUCCAAGCACCGCGGGCCGCCAGCGCCAGCGCCAGCGCCAGCAAACCGUGCUUUCCCCUUCUCCCGGUCAGUCGCAAACCUGUCCGUCGCACACCUGCCCCUCGCGACAGCGGGGCCGGGGCUUUCCCAGGCCGACGAAGACCUUCUCCGCGACUACGACAACCUCUUUCGCGUCUUCUACAACUACGCCCCGGUCCUGGACGCGGUCAGUGUCGCCGACGCCUACGUCCAAUGCAAGUCGCUGCUGGCUCUCGCCGACCAAUACGACGCCCUGGCCGUGGUCGGACCUCGCGUCGACCACCACCUCCUCCAGUUUCAGUCACGCCUGUGGAAGCAGAUUGCAAAGUAUCCCAUUUCCUACCUCCGCCUGGGAUACCUGGCCCGGAGCAGGGUCAUCUUCCAGGAGGCCCUCGUCCACGUGGUCGGCCAGUGGCAGGCCGGCGAGCGGAGCCUUCGAGCGGCCCUGCCCGACAUUGUCCUCGACAUUGUCGAGGACAAGGUGGACGAGCUCGGAGAAACCGUCAGCCGCGUACAGGGCGAGCUCUUCCGUCUCAGCCUGACAACCACCAAAGGCGAGCGCGUCACCCCAACCAACAGCUAUCUCGACUGGCUGGUCGUCAGUCUCUUCCGGCAAUGGCUCGCCGACAACAUCCCGGUCCCAUCCACCCCAGGCAGGAACAGCGGCGGCGGCGGCGGCGGCGGCGGCAGCAGCAGCAUCAUCAUCAGCAGCAGCACCCUCGCCAGCGCCAGCUACAGCUAUCCCAACAAGCCGCCGCCGCGGUCCACCGGAAGAGCCUACCGAAUCCUCGGCUCCCGCAACCCGAGCGCGUUCCUCAACCACGACGAGUGCAAAAAGUUCCUCAAGCUCACCCCGGAGCUCUACACUCGCAACAAACUCUGCCGCUUCGAGAAACGCAUGGAGGAGCUCAAGGCCAUGGCUCGCCAUCUUGUUCAUCCCCUCCUAGGCAGCAGGCUCGAACUCGCCAUGGCGGGGUCGGGUCGCGCCGCCGAGGGUAUCAGCUAUCUCACCUGCACGACUUUGGGCAACCGAGACCUUCCUUGGUUUGCGGACCCUUGA